AUGUUGAUUGAUGAGAAAAAUCCCAGCUUUAUUCAUUCAAUAACUUUUAGAAGUAUAAAAAAUAAUCUUAAUGAUGCAUAUAGUCAAAUAAUUGAUCUCAAAAAAAGAGAAAGAGAAAAAAGACAAUUGGCAGAUUUAGCAAAUUUGUAA